AUGGACGACGGCGAGUUCGGCGAUGACUUUUCUGACGAGGACUUUUUGAAGGCUUUGGACCAGAUUUCUUCGUCCAAUACCAGGGAACUCCACCGUCAACCGUCAGAUGCCGCACAGUGCCAGGCACAGCCCUGGCAGGGAUCAGAUCCAUUGCAAGCAGCAGCGCAAGUACUCCAAGAUUUGCCUCCUGACGCCUUUUCACUAUCAGAAUCAGAGCAUUCGGAUACCGCGAUUGCUGAAAAACCUACACCUGCAACGAUUUCAAGCCGUCCGAGACAGAAAAAUGGGCUGCAGAGAACUAAUUCCGGAAGCUAUCGUCAGACAACACUCUGGGGUACAAUGGCUCAUGAUGAUUCUUCGAAUCACCCGCAACUCCCGAAUCAGAAAGUGUCCAGAGCCGGCGUACCACGGGAAGAGUUGACACAUCAUGAGAUCGACAGAGAAGCAAUGAAAACGUGGGUUUAUCCCACCAACCUGGGCGCUAUACGAGACUAUCAGUUCAGCAUUGUCAAGAACAGUCUGUUUAACAAUACCCUAGUCGCCUUGCCUACUGGAUUAGGGAAAACCUUCAUUGCUGCCACAGUUAUGCUGAACUUUUACCGCUGGACAAGGUCGGCAAAAAUUGUGUUUGUAGCGCCUACGAAGCCUUUAGUUGCCCAGCAAGUUGAUGCCUGCUACAACAUUGUUGGCAUGCCACGAUCCGACACCACCCUGUUGACAGGAGAGAUACAACCAGCACUCCGUGUGGAAGAGUGGGAGACUAAACGGGUCUUCUUCAUGACGCCACAGACUCUAUUGAACGACUUGUCUCACGGGUAUGCUGAUCCCAAAAGCAUCGCCCUAAUCGUCAUCGACGAAGCACAUCGCGCUGUUGGCGAGUAUGCCUACGCCAAAGUGACCAAAUUCAUCAGAAGGUUUUCGAAAAGCUUCCGCAUUUUGGCAUUAACGGCGACACCCGGCUCGAAGAUUGAAACCGUGCAAGAAGUUAUUGACAAUCUGGGUAUAUCCCACUGUGAGAUUCGGACCGAACAGUCCAUUGAUAUUCGGCAAUAUGUGCACGACAGAAAUAUCGAACAGCUGGUCUUGGAUCCGUCAGACGAAAUGAAUCUUAUCAGCGAGCUAUUUUCCGAAGCUUUGAAGCCUCUUGUAGACAAGCUCAGUUCGCAAAACAUAUACUACGGCCGAAAUCCCAUGGCGAUGACGACCUUUGGGCUGAUGCAGGCACAAAAAGAAUGGUUGGCGACAAGAGGAAGGCAUGCGAAUCAGGGGGUUCAGUUCAUGAUGAGGGCGACAUUCGGAGUCCUGACCGGUCUUGCGCACUCGAUCAAACUACUCAACUUUCAUGGGAUAAAACCGUUUUACGACAACAUGGUUGAUUUCCGUAACGAACAAGAAGGGAAAGGCGAGAAGGGUUCCAAGUACAAACGCCAGCUGGUUGAACAUGCCGGUUUUCGGCAAAUGAUGGAUAGGAUAUCGGCCUGGCUGAGAACAGACGGCUUCGUGGGGCAUCCGAAGCUCACGGCACUAGCUGACUGCGUGCUAAACCACUUUAUGGAUCGAGGGGAAGACUCGCCAACGCGUGUGAUUGUUUUCAGCGAGUACCGGGACUCGGCCGAGGAAAUCGUACGCGAACUGAACAAGCACCGGCCACUACUCAAAGCUAGUGUCUUUGUUGGACAGGCGGAUGGCAAGCGUGGCGAGGGAAUGAAACAAGCGCAGCAGAUUCAGACGAUUGACAGGUUUCGAAAGGGCGAGUUUAACGUUUUGGUGGCCACGUCGAUUGGCGAGGAAGGGUUGGACAUUGGACAGGUCGACCUCAUCGUAUGCUACGAUUCAUCGGCAUCUCCAAUCCGAAUGCUGCAACGAAUGGGACGAACCGGGCGCAAAAGGGCGGGGAGAAUUGUGUUGUUGCUGAUGAGAGGGAAAGAAGAGGACCAGUUUGCCAAAUCCAAGGAUAGCUACGCAAAGAUGCAAAAGCUGAUAUGCGAGGGAAGUCGGUUCAACUUUCGAUUCGACUUGUCGACGAGGAUUGUUCCCAGGGACAUUCGACCAGAGGUGCAGAAGCGACACGUCGACAUUCCGCUCGAAAACACCCAGAACCAGUCUCUUCCGGAGCCCAAGAAGCGCCGUGCCCCGGCAGUGAGAAAAAAGCCGGCCAAGAAGUUCCACAUGCCGGAUGGAGUGGAAACGGGGUUUCAGAGCCUGUCCUACUACAUGAACGGUGGCCAAUCUACAUCCAGACAAGAGAAGCCAGGAUGCAACCAUGAGCUGGAUGACCUUGAAGAGAUUCCCGACGUAAACGCUGUUACGCUAUCCAGCGAAGAGCUUAAGGAGCUCGAUCGGGCAUAUCGGUAUUUGCCCUUCGACCACGGCGCGGUUGAAGAAACGGAUAUGCCCAGUUUGACUGCGUUCCCGAUCCUUCAGAGACAACUGCGGCCGGUGGGUGCUGUCAAGCAUGGCACUUACACUAAGCGUGUUGUGAAGCUCUUGGCGAAAAUGAGUGACGGCCCGCAUAGUAUGAUGAGGCAGCUGGACAUCGUGGACACACCUAUUAUCGCAGACAUACCUGUUGAAGGGUUCGUGGAGUCAGAUGCAGAGUCAGAGGAUCUACGACUCCCAGAUGCCAGCACGAGAAAUCGGCCAACCGCCCAGAACUCGACCACAACGAAUAAUGGAGACGCGGAGCCAUCAAACAACAAGAAGAGGAAAUUUUCAGCACCAGAGCCAGACGACGUGCACGUCAAAGCAUCCACAAGCAAAGAAGAAGAUGUGCAGCCGAGGGGCAAAUCACGCCAGAUGCAGAGGUUGAAAGGUAAACGGAAAAGGAGGAAAACUACGAGAAGCCCAGGAGGCGGUAUCAAUAGCGACGAAGUAGGAGACGACUGCGAACGAGACAGCGACCUCGGCGACAGCAGUGAUUCGGAUGACGGGGCCGAUCUGCGGGAUUUCGUUGUGGAGGACAACCAAGCGACAUCCAGCCUGGCCGGUUCGCAAGCAACCUCGUGGACCACGGCAUCGAAAAGCGGCACGCCCAAAAAGGAGCCCCAACGACCAUUUUAUGUCCCUACCACUUUUUCAGCCUCACAAGAGAGCGACGCCAUUCCUGAUUUGAAGACGUUAGUUGGUGGUGGCAGAAGCACCGGAAAAGUUGAGAUGAACAAUGUAGUCGAGUCGGAUCUUGGUAGUCAUGAUGCGCGACGCGUAGCGCGUGGGAGACAAAGAAUCCUGGACAGCGAUAGCGACGAGUGA